UCGCGACCUCUCGCGCCGCCACCUCCCGCACCUGUGCCCCAUCGUCCUGCUCCGGCUCCCUCGCGCACGGUGCACGCGCCUGAAACCCUCAACUCGAGCAGUGACGAUGGUGUCGGCACCGGCAGGCGGCGCCGCGCGGGCGCUUUCCGAGCGGGAGCAAGACGUGCAGAUGAUGCUUGCCGCCGACGUCCACCUGGGCACCAAAAACUGCGACUUCCAGAUGGAGCGCUACACCCACAAGCGCCGCACUGACGGUAUUUACAUUAUUAACCUCGGCAAGACCUGGGAGAAACUUCAGUUGGCCGCGAGGGUGAUUGUUGCAAUUGAGAACCCCCAGGACAUCAUCGUGCAGUCUGCUAGGCCAUAUGGCCAGAGGGCUGUCCUCAAGUUUGCGCAGUACACUGGUGCUCAUGCCAUUGCCGGCAGGCACACUCCUGGUACAUUCACCAACCAGUUGCAAACCUCUUUCAGUGAGCCGCGUCUUCUUAUCCUGACUGACCCCAGGACUGAUCAUCAGCCCAUUAAGGAGUCUGCACUUGGAAACAUCCCCACAAUUGCCUUCUGCGACACUGACUCACCUAUGCGCUAUGUGGAUAUUGGCAUUCCUGCAAAUAACAAGGGGAAGCAGAGCAUUGGCUGUCUCUUCUGGUUGCUUGCCAGGAUGGUCCUCCAGAUGCGUGGUACAAUUCUCCCAGGACACAAGUGGGAUGUCAUGGUUGAUCUGUUCUUCUACAGAGACCCAGAGGAAACGAAGGAGGAGGAAGAGGCUUUGGUUGCUCCUGACUAUGGUGCAGUUGCAGAAUAUGCUGCACCUGGGACUGACAACUGGGGUGGUGAUUGGGGGGCUGGUGAUGCUGCAGCUACACCUGCUGGCGCUCCAGCACCAGCUGGUGCCGACUGGACUGCUGCUCCAGCUCCUCCAGCUGAAGGUGUCUGGGAUGCAGCAGCUGCCCCUCCUGCAGCAGCCCCUGGAUGGGAACAAGGCGCUGCCCCCGUUCCCGCACCCACUCCUGACUGGAAGUAGAAGGUUGAUCAGGCACACCUGAUGAGCUGAAAGCUGAGUUACAUGUGAUCAGAAUUUGUUGGUAGACACUGCUCGAGUAGCUUGAAUUUUUUACAGUAAUGAGUUAGAUGCAAAUCAAUUUUUGUGUUAUUGACUCUGCUGGGACAGCGAGUGAACCGGCCCUUUUUUGUUACCUCAGAUGGAUAGCACUAUUUAAGCGCGUUUUGAGAACUGUACGUCGUUCAUUGCAGCAAAUGCUUCGCCUGCU